AUGGUAUCCCCCUCCAGCGUAACGCCCUCGAGGAGGGUGACUCGUAGUCAAUGCGCCAGUGAUAGAGAGGCAAAUCCCAAGAAAAUUCCCCGACUAGGCAAAACUGCGUCUCGUUAUGCAGUAUCUAGCACGGAGUCCGAACUAGAGGAACCUGCAUCCACCGACCAAGAAGAAGCUGCAUCCACCGAGCCGGAAUUUAUUGUCACCACGCCGACUUUCCCGGAAAGACUGUUCGCACGUAAUUGCUAUCCUGGCAAACCUCGACUGAACAUCUAUUCAAAGGCGAGUAUCAUUGGAUCGUUAGUGAAGUUGCUAAGAGGCUCCCCUGAAAUGAAUUGUCUGCUAGGAAGUCAGUUUGGAGCUCUGUUCCACUUACCUGUAUCGCGCUGCUCAAACUCUGCGAAACUUGUACAUUCUCUCCUCAGCCGUCAGCUGGUUACGAUGCGCCUAUAUGAGCUCUGGUUCUUGUUUGCAGACAAGCCACUACGCUUUUCUCUGCGUGAGUUCGGAGACAUCACGGGGCUGAAAUGCGAGCCUGAAAGGGAAAAAGUUGGAAACGGGUCAGAAUCUAUCGAUGCCACACCUGGACGUAUGUGGAAAGAGUUGUUUGAAACUGAAGAUGAAGACGUGACUGUACCAGAUGUUCUUCGUAUGCUUGAACAGCCUAGUCUUCCUGAGUGGAAGCGGUUGCCACUAGCUCUCAUUGCGCUUGUAGAUGGGCUCCUGGUUUGUGGUCACAAACUUCUUCGUGUGACGCCUGCUUACGUCGAGAUGCUGGAAGACACCAGAUCAUUUCUUCAAUAUCCAUGGGGGAGAGAGGCAUUCGUCAGCACUCUGUCUAGAUUGAGACCACCUCAACCUUCUGAUCCUUCUAAAAUGGAUAAAUCCCUUUCGGUCAUGCGCCUUCGUUUGAAACAGCAGUCAACAGCGUGUUAUGGGUUCCCUCUGGCGCUGCAACUUUUUGCUUUUAAAGCUAUCCCCUCAUUGCUUGAGAAAAUUCCCGAACCUAAUAAAACCACUUCUUUCUUGCAAGAACCAGAAGGAUGCGACUCAACAAAUGCACUUCUGAAUUUUGAAGACAUACUUCUGGUGGAAACCCAAACUGAGGUUAUUGUUACGUAUUCAAUCCCAGAUGAAGGUGGGGAUCCAAAGUGGAAGAAAGAAGUAAUCGAUCCCCAAAUAGAUAACUUAGUUCGUCGAAUGCGGGAAGGGCACGAGUUCAAAGCAACAGACUUUAGAGGAGGUGAUUCAUCCCUUCCACCUCUGAAGCCAGCCGAAAAGGCUGAAGGUGUUGGUGUCAAAAAGAAGUGUCAAAAGCCGUCUAAUCGGUUUGGGAAAGCAUGUGAUGAACCUGGAAGUUCGACUCAGGCGCCUCAGCGUCCUAUUCGACCUCGUCGUGGGAUAUGUAAACAGGCUGAACCAGGAAACUUAUCAGAUAAGGAGCAAGAGCUGAAAGAGUGGAUACGAGUUGAACUGAAAACGCAGUUGGGUAAAUUGCGGAACGAGAUUUUUGACUGGUUGCAUCAUGAUAGGGGAGGCUCGUUCACGGUUCCGCAAAACACAGCAGCCGGUAAAACAAACAGAGACAACAGUCACGCUGACCCUACCGGCAUGGAAGGUCCAAAGAAGCGACGUCCGUUCAGUGGUGAUGGUAAUGAUGAAGCUGAAAUAUUUUGGUCUGAUAGUAAGAAACACAAGAAGAACAACGGCGAUGGGUUUAGCGACGAUGAGACGAUGAGAAUGCAUGAUAAUCAUUGUGAUGGCCGUACGCCAAAUGCUCGCUUCUGGGAAAAGGUAGUUUCAAUGGCGGGCGAAGGCCCCUCUUUCUCGAAGUCGGCAAAGCCAGCAAAACCGACUCUCCCGGAACCGUUGGAGGUAUUCAGCGUAGAUUAUCAGUUGUUCGUUUUAGUUAGUGAGGUGUACAGGAAUACUGAUUUGUUUGGUCAGGUUAAUUUAAGAGGUGUUCAGCUUAAGUAG